AUGUGUGAAACAAAUGAGAGGAAUUCAAAAUUGGUAGUACUGGGGGAAAGAAAUGUCCAGGAAAAACUAUACAUGGACGACUUAAAUAGAGAAGAGAAUAAAUUAUUACAAGAUGAAAAUAUAAGUAAUAUACAUAAGGAAUUGAUAUUAAAAAAUAAUAGCUUUGUAAAAGAUUUAGAAUUAUUAGAAUUAAAUUUUGGGGGAAAUAUAAUAAAAAAUAAGCCAAUAUUAACUAAAUAUAAUAUAUCAUAUUUAUGUACAGAAAAUAGUAUAAUAUGUAUAAAUUUAAAAAAAAAAACAAAAAAAAUAAUUGUAACAUCAUUCUCUAUAGAUCGAAUAUUUUAUUUUUAUGAUAAAAAGGGAAAUGAAGAAUAUUUAAUAUUAAAAGGAUUUAAUAAUUAUAUAUAUGUAUAUCAAAUUACAAAUGAAACUUUUCAUUUUGUUAAAAAGUUUAUUAUAAAUAAUUUAUUUUAUAUUAAUAGUUUUGGAAAGAAUGGUGAGCUAUGUUUGGCUACCUGGGAAUAUGUAGAAAAUAAAUUAUAUGCUAAUUUUUUUAUACUUAGAUUUACCUUUGGCUAUGAAGAUAACCUUUACGAUUUUAAUCAGCAAAAUGAGAAUAGCCAACAACCAAAUGAACAAAGAGAUGACUCAGUACCUAGCCAUAUCAUAUAUAACUAUGACUCCGAUUUUGAAAAUGAAUAUGAUGCUAGUACAUACCCUGAGGAAUUGUCUAAUAUUCCAGAAAAUGAAUAUGAAAAUGAAGAGAUAGAAAGAAAUGGAGAAUUUUCAAAUUAUAAUAAUAAUGAUAAAAUAAAAAACAAAAUAAAUCAUAAAAAACGAAAAAAUAAAAAAACAAUCACACUAAAAUUAAGAUUACAACCAAUUUUAAAAAUAAAAUAUAUAUAUUUUUCAAUGAUAGAUAUGGAUAUAAAAUUAUCAAAAUUAGUUUUAGCAAAUAAUAAUUUAAUAAUAAUAUAUGAUAUACAAAAAAGGCGGUAUAAUAUUAUGUAUUAUAAUAAUUAUAUAUCUGCUAUUAAAAUAUGCGAUGAUGACAAAUCUUUAUGUAUUGGUUUUGUCAAUGGAUAUAUAUGCAUUCUUAAUUUUGGUGAAAUUAUUUCGAUAAAUUCAAAAGACAAUACAAAUCAGCAUAACCAAAAUGAAUCAUAUACUAACACAUUUCAACAAAUGAGUCCCAAAAAUUUAUUAAAUAAUAUAAAAACAUUUUCAAAUGGGUCACCAUAUUUUCCUGUAUUUGAAGCAGAUUUUAUAAGUAGAGAAACUUUAGAGAAUCAAAAAAAUGAUCAGGAAUAUGAUAAUGAAUUUAAAGACUUAAGAAAUAACAAUAAUUUUGUAAAAAAUAUUUCAUAUAUUAAUUUAGGAGCCUGUACACAGAAAAUUAUUUCUAAGCAAAAAAUUCAAUAUGUAAAAUAUAAAUGGCAUAGUCAUUCUGUUUAUUAUAUAACAACAGAAAAUGGCAAAAUUAUAUCAACAGGUGAAGAAGGAGUUAUAUUGCUAUAUAACAAAAAAAAUGGAAACUUUGAUUUUAUUUCACAUUUAGGUUCUCCUUGUUAUUAUAUUUAUUUAGAUAUAAAAAAAAAUAUACUUAUUUGCAAUUCUUUAAAUAAUUCAAUAUUUUUUAUUAAUUAUAAUAAACGUUUAUUUUUUUAUAAAUAUAAUAGUAUAUCUAUGCCAUUAAAAUUAGCACGUCUAUUUUAUAAUAAUCUAGAUAUGGCUAUAAAUAUAAAAAGAUCCUUCUCUAUUUUUGGAGCUCAACUAUUUGAUCAAUUUAAUUAUCAUGGUAAUGCUAAAAAUAAAAAUGGAUCACUACAAAAUGGAAAUUUAGAUAUGCUAAAUAAUGAAACAACAGAUUAUAAUAUGAUACCCGAGAUUGAAAAUCAACGAAGUAACAGUAUAGAUAAGAAAGAAAUUGAUAAUGCUUGCAAUGAUGUCGAAGAUGAACCUGAUGAUAUGAUAAAAAAGGACAUAAUAACAUUUGAGUCAAUACAAAAGGAAUUAGAAAAAAGUAUAUAUAAUAAUGCAAAUAUAGAAAAUAAUUUAUAUCAAAAUUUUCAAUUAUCGUAUUUUUGUGGAUCUAAUGAUGGAUUAAUCUUUUGUUUCUUAACUUCCUUUACACAUUUACAAUUAUUUAAUGUAGAAAAAAAUAAACAUCUUAAAAAUUUAUGUCCAUUAAAUAUAAUAUAUAAGAGUAGAACAGAUACAGAAAAAGUAAAUGACAUUGAAUUAAAUUUAUUUGCCAUUAAUAAUACAAGAGAUAUUAUUAUGACUAUUGAAAAAAGGAAUCAUUAUAUUUAUGGUGUUUUAGAUGAAAUUGAUCACCAUCUAAUUCAUACUGCCUACACUAUUCGAUUUUGGAUACAUGUAAAAAACUUUGACUAUUUCGACAUGUUUCAAUAUAUGAUUAACAAAGAAGCUGACAACUUUUCAAAUUUUAUUGGAGAGCAAAAAGUUGAGGAAGGAGCUGAAAAUAUUGAAAAAGAGAAAACACAACCAAGUGCCGACCAAAAUAAUGUUGCAAAAUAUAAAAAAAUUAUUCCCCAUCCAGCUUUAAGCAUAUUUAUAUUAUUAGGCUCAGAUGGAAAUAUGUCAUAUUGGUGUUUAGAAAAAUCAGAAAAAAUUUUAGGCGAUGAUGUAUAUAAAAAUUUUGAAAUCGAAACACAUGAAAUAGAUAGCGUUGAUUUAGCAUAUUUUAUGAACAGUACAGAAAAUAAAACAAAUAUGUCUGAAAAUAGUAUUAUUAAUAGCAAAGCUGUUGAAAAUAAAAAUGAUGUGUCAAAGGAUAAACUAGAUGAUAAUGAAGAGGAGGACGAAAAGUAUGACACUUUAACAAUUGUGAAAAAUAUAAAUUAUAAAAAUACUCCAAUUUUGGACGGAGAUAUAAGUAAAGAUGGUGGAAUUUUGUGUAUAUGUCAUGAUACAUUAAUAUCUAUAUGGGAUAGCAUAAAUUUAAAAACACUAGCAAUAAUUAAUCAUCCUAUGUAUACAUUAUUAAACGAUUAUGUAUUUAAUUUAUAUAAAGGGAUAGAAAUAUUUGAUGUUGAAAAUAAUAUAUAUAUGUGUUACUAUUCUUUUGAUACUCUUUUUAUUUAUUCUUUAAGUCAGUUUCAUUUAGUACAUGAAAAAAAAUUUAAUGGAAUAAUUGAAUAUGUAAAAUUUGAUAAACAUUCCUCAAAAAUGUUAGCAGUAGGUAUAACUAAAAGAAUUAAAAAUUCUAGCGAUCAAAAAAAUUGUGAGCAUAUUUCUGAUAAUAAUACCUGUCUUGUUCAGAAAAAUUAUUUAUAUAAAUUUAGCCAAAAUUAUUUACAAAAAAAAAAAAAAUUUUAUUUGUCCCAAAAUAAACCAAUUAUAGCUAUAGAUUUUGCUCCAAUAAAUAAGAACCAUAAUAUAACAUUAAGCAAUUAUCAAGAUGAGGCAAUAAUUAUAGCACUAAAUUCAAAGUUUCAAAUAUGUACUUUUUAUUUUAAUAAUUAUCCUAAACAUGCACAGUUAAGGUAA